UUAUGGAAAUGAGAUAAAGAAAAAUCUACAGCAUAAGUCUCCUGAUAGAGUCCAAUGUAUGUUUUACAUUCGUUCAUCAGUAAAGAAUUUCUGCCUUCGUGCCGAAAACGAAGAAGAAGCCAGAGAAUGGGUGCAGGAACUUAAUAAAAUACCCCAAAUGCCAAUUACAUUUUCGAAGCGUAGGGGUUCAUCGUCAAGAAGUGGGUUUCAUACAGGUCAUGCGGGUGGUUUCUUUGGUGGAUUAUUUGGUGGAUUCUCUGGUGGAUAUGGAGGUGGAGGUGGAUUUAAUGAUUGUUGUGAUUUUGAUUGAAAUUGAAGAAUAAGACUGAUGUAUUUGUGAAAUGUAUACUUUGAAUAUAAAAUUAAUCAUUAAUUUUAGUUUAGCAUUCAUAGUUCAGAAAACAAUAUGUUUGUAUUGAAUUAAAAUUUCCGCCAAGGAAUGAAUUAAGAUUUUCAAAGAAAAUAAAGAGAACAAUAAUUUUAAAAAAA